ACGAUCAACUUUAAUCAACCGGUGCCAUUCUUAGUCAGUAGAGUCGUAAUCCUUGUCUCAGAAAGAUUCGUUCUUAUGUACGAUUUUUAAAGCACGCUCUAUCCUCUCCCUCUCUGCGAGAGCAAUACCACAACCAGUCAAUCCGAUCAAGUUAGCAUUUCAACAUUGUGCCAAACAUCCUCAACAUAAUGCAGUCUAAAGUGUACUUAACUGUAUUAGCCUAUCUUGUUGUCAACCUGUUGAUGAUUUCGUCGUUUCCCCAAGCUUCAAACACAUCUACAUCACCAUACAAAGAUGGCCAGCGUGUCGCUACAGAACUUUUCGCUUUUCCAGCUGAUCAAUCAACGAUCGAUUCAAUGCUCAAUGCUAGGAACCGAACUCCGGUUUACAUUCCUGAAAAGUGCCUUGAAAAUGAGAUUCUUUACCCAGGUGACCAGGAUAGUGAUUGGGUUUGCGACUGUAAGCCGACUUACGUCUUUCAUCCGCCAACGCGCAAAUGUUACGAAAUGUACACACAAGGCUACUGUGAAAACGGUUUCAUGAUCAAACUAGCCCUGAACGCAAAAAAACCAGAAUGCAUCCCAAACAGUUGCGUCAGCGACGAUCCGAAAGUUUCCAUGGUGAUGUUCAAGGGCACCUGUGUCGUGUUGAAUAACUACGAUCCUCGUUGUGAGAUAGGCCAACUAAAGCGAUUUGUUGGAGUAAACGAAACUACGCAUGAACUAGAAUGUAUAAAUAUUACUGGUGUUAAGAAUGCCGGUAAAGAACAAUCAAUUACACUCGGAUGAAUUAGAAAGACUUCCACUCAACGCAAGCGACAUCAAAUUUAUGAAUUUGUCUAUCACACAUACUGUAUGCUCAGUUGUUAUGUGUGGGCGAAACGCAUCCUUAAUAAAAUGAAGUAAAAAGAAUAUAAAA